GAGCGCAGUGGGGAUAAUUUGGGGUGUGGGAAAACUUUUUGAGCACAUCAAGCGGCACUCCUGGCUCACCUGCCCAGUUGACUGCUGGGAAGAGUUUUAUCGGUUCAUCUCAGGGAAAGGGACUCAAAAUGGGCUUCCCAUCAACUUCACUUCCACCUGGUGCUCAGGGGCAGAGUGCUCACUCCCUGCAAUGCCCUUCUAUCCCCCCACUCUUUACCUCCAAUCCUGCUGGGUGGCCCAAGCAGACAUGACUACCCCACCUCACAGCUGGGAAGACUGGGGCCCAAAGCCGUGGUUUGGGUUGCUGUCCCUUCUUCACCAGUCAUGACACAUGGGCUCUUUGAGAAGCUCCAUGGGAUUGGCAGAGUGCCUGGAACUGCAGGUAUUAGGUGGAAACAAGUUCUAGAGGGCGCAGGCGGAGGCGUCACGUGAAGUCUGGGAAAGGGAAUGACCCCAGGGAAUUGGUAGCAAGACCAUGUGAGGGAAAGUCAAGGCAAGCAGAGAGAUUCCUUUGAAAUGUCCUCCUGUUCUGCCCUGUACCUUCCCUUCUGAGCCCCUCCCCUGCUCCAGGCCAAAGGCCCAAGGCAGGUGCUUCCAUAUGGCUUCCCGACCAGUCUGCUGACACCUCCUGCUCCUCUGAUUUCUACAUGUCCCUUGCUAGGCCUUGGGCUCCUGCCACCAAUAUUCUGAGUAGUGGAGUUACUGUCCUCCUCCCAAUUUCCGGCUUAGGACAGAGCAGGUGGGAGGGCCUGGGCACUUCUGGGGUGACCACACCCUCUGGGGGAGGCAUAAAGGGAGAGCCUGGCCCUAGCCACCACAGCACCAGGGCCGUCACUAUGAAACCCGGCAGCGUCAUCCCUCUCAUGAUGCUCCUUGCCCUGGAAAUCCUCACGACCUGGACUGUGGAAGGUGCUAGCAAAGAGAAAGCUAAGCACGGAGCCUGCCCCUUCACACCUCGUGUGAUGUGCCUUGUGUUUGAACCCCCUCAAUGCCAGAGUGACUGGGAUUGUCCGAAGGAGCAGAAAUGCUGUCGUGAAUAUUGUGGCAUCAAAUGCGUGGAUCCUGUAGACCCAUCAAAGCCUGUUAAGGUCAAUCCUGGGAAGUGUCCCCUGGUCACUGACCAGUGCAAGAGGCCCAACCCCACAGACAAAUGCCUGAAUGACAGCCACUGCCUGAACAGUCUCAAGUGCUGCAAGGGAGUGUGUGGGAAUUCCUGUGUUAAGCCAGUGAAAGAUGUAUUCUUGCCAGUUCAAUAAGAUUAAGACUUGUUGGUCCGUGUGUGGUUUGAGUAUUCCUUUUUUUCCCAAGCCUGGGAAAAAUGAAAGUGUCUUGAUGAAGGUGUGUCUUCAUGACUGAUACUUCCAGGGGGCUAAAGUUGGGCCUGUUUUAUCUGUGUGUGCUUGGCACCUGGCGUGAGGUUUGGCACAUGAGAUUAAAUGACUGCUGGUUAGUGAAUAAA